AUGGAUUUCAACGCAUUUGCCGAGCAGAUUCGUUCUGGGAGCCAGGCCAAGUUUCCUGCUAAUGCAAACACCAUCUCGUUUGCGCAGCAGCUCGACGCGCAAGACAAACUCGCGUAUUUGCGCAAUGAGUUCAUCAUUCCGACGAAAGGCUCUCUCAAAAAAAAGUCUUUGACCGGAACUCUCCCUAAUCCAAUACUAAUUACCCCAAAAGACAAUCAACUUCUCAACGGCAAUACAAAUGUGGUCAAUGGCACCAAUGGAAGUCAUUCGUCGUCCGAAGAUGAUGCGACUCCAUCAGUCUACUUUUGUGGUAACUCACUGGGAGUUCCACCCAAAGCAGUCAAGGACUACAUUCACGCUCAUUUGGAGACCUGGGCAUCGAUUGGGGUGAAUGGCCACUUCCAGGACCUCGAAAACUCACCCCUUGUUUGCUGGCAAGACAUGGCUGAGGACGUGGCGAAGAAAAGCGCAGCCAUUGUCGGUGCCCUCCCCGAAGAGGUUGUUAUGAUGAAUACCUUGACCGCAAACCUGCACUUUUUGAUGGCCAGCUUCUACCGACCGACAGAGAAGAAGCAUAAAAUUAUCCUUGAAUGGCGGCCAUUUCCGAGUGAUCACUAUGUGAUCGAAUCGCAGAUUCAGUGGCAUGGAUUGGAUCCGUCCAAGUCGAUGGUCCAGAUCCAGCCCGAUGAGAACUUUUACAUCUCAACUGAUCUCAUUCUGAAGACCAUUGAUGAACAUGCGGAGGAGACUGCCCUCAUUUUACUUCCCGGUAUACAAUACUACAGUGGCCAACUUUUCGACAUGCCUCGAAUUACCGAAUAUGCGCAGUCUAAGGGCAUUAUUGUCGGUUGGGACUUGGCUCAUGCUGCUGGAAACGUCGAGUUACGGCUUCACGACUGGAAUGUUGACUUCGCGGCCUGGUGUACAUACAAGUACCAGAAUGCUGGACCAGGGUCAAUGGCCGGCGCAUUUGUCCACGAAAGACACGGAAAGGUCGACACCAGCGAGGGGAAGCCCAAGUUUCGCCACAGACUAACGGGCUGGUACGGCGGUGACAAGUCGGUCCGCUUCAAUAUGGACAACAACUUCCUCCCUACCGUUGGCGCUGGUGGUUUCCAAGUUUCAAAUCCCUCAGCCAUCGAUCUCGCCUCGCUAUCGGGUGCCCUCUCGGUAUUCAGCAAGACCUCCAUGGCUGAAUUGCGAACAAAGUCUUUGGUGCUUACUGCGUACGCGGAGCAUCUUCUUGAUGGCAUCUUGGCAGAUGAUACCGACGAACCUUCAUUCAGGGUUCUUACGCCUAGGAAUGCCCACGAGAGAGGUGCUCAGCUGAGUGUCCUGCUCAAGGACGGCCUACUCGAACAUGUCGUGGAAGCUUUCGUUGAGGAAGGAAUCGUUUGUGAUAAACGCAAGCCAGGAGUUAUCCGUGUCGCGCCGGUGCCCCUGUAUUGCACAUUCCAGGAUGUAUGGAAGUUCAUGGACACUCUGAGGAAAGCUAUCGCUGAAAAGUCUUCAUGA